AUGUCUACCUUCACCUUCUUCACCACGCCCGCUACCAACUUUGGCCGAAGCGGUUACAACGGCCCCGACCAGGACGAUGACAACUCCAACCAGGGCCGCAGCGGCUACAACGGUUCCGACGACAAUGACAGCCACAAGGGUCCUAUGGUCCUCUGCUUCGGGGAUGACGACGACAAGGAUCAGGGCCGAUCCGGCUACAACUAG